AUGGACAGUGAGGAUUCUCUUGAUUAUGAUACAAAAGAGGAGACUGAAGCCUCACCGAAGCAACUAAGCAGCGAUGAGACUCUCUACUGUGAGGCCGAAGCCACAGUGGUGGAUAAAGACAAGCCAGUCCAGGAGAAUAUGGAAACAGACCUGGAGAUUGAAGACACCGAGAAAUUCUUCACCACUGGACAGAAGGAGCUAUACCUGGAAGCCUGCAAGCUAGUGGGCGUCGUGCCCAUCUCCCGUUUCCUCCACACCAUGGAGGACUCUGUGGUGAACCUCAACCACCACGGGUUGGGCCCCAAGGGUAUCAAAGCUAUUGCUAUCACCAUGGUGUCCAACACGUCUGUGGCUGUAUUGGAGGUGGCAGACAAUUUCAUCACCGACAAAGGCACAAAAUACCUGGUGGAGAUGCUCCAGGAGAACUACUACCUGCAGGAGCUGAAUAUCUCUGAGAAUGAUCUUAAUUUUGAGGGAGCCACAAUCAUCUCCAACUUCUUUCAGAAGAAUGCCUCUUCCAUCUCCAAGCUCCAGCUUUCAGGAAACCACUUCAAAGAUGAUGCUGCAGAACUGCUCUGCCAAUCCCUGGCGUUCAAUUACCAGAUUAAGGUGCUGGAUCUCAGUCACAAUGAGUUCUCGGAUAAGGCAGGAGAGUACCUGGGACUGAUGUUGGGCAUCAACAUCGGGCUCAAGACUCUGGAUCUGAGUUGGAAUCACAUCCACACCUGGGGAUCUGUGGCCUUGUGCAGUGGCCUUCGGACUAACGUAACCCUGGAGAAGCUGUACUACUCCAUGAACGGCUUUGGGAAUGAGGGAGCCUCAGCUCUCGGGGACAUCCUCAGAGUCAACAGCUGCCUCACCUACCUGGAUCUCACCAGCAACAACAUCAGCAAUGACGGGAUAAACAGAAUCAGCAGAGGACUGGAGGUCAACGAGAGCCUCAAAGUUUUGAAGCUUUUCCUGAACCCUAUAAAUGUGGAAGGGGCUCUUUCACUCAUCCAAGCCAUCAAAAAGAACCCCAAAUCCGUGAUGGAAGAGCUUGAUAUUUCUAACGUGCUGGUGACCGAGCAGUUCACCAAGAUCUUGGAAAGUGUAUACUCCAUGCACCCACAGCUGGAUGUGAUAUAUAAGGCAGUGCAAGGUCAAAACACCAAGAGGAAGGUUUCCCAGUGGAAAAACUGCAAGAAGAUAAUCCAGAAAUAUGUGGAUGAGCAGAAAAUCUCGUUGUCCGACUUUUUCUUGCGCUUGAACCCCAAGGGAACCACCAUGAUGCCCGUAGGUGACUUCCGGAAAGCUCUGCUGCAGCAGAACUAUGUGUCUCUAAACCGACACAACAUCCGGGACCUAAUCAAGUUGCUGGAGGACUCAUCAGGCAGUGUCGACCUCAGCCAGCAGCUGCUAGCAAGCCUGACCCUGCUGGAACCUGCUUUGGGGACACAGAGUGCCGUGGGCACCCAGAAGCUCUACAUGUCUCCACCCCAGGGCUUCUGGUUCUAG